AAGUGAACCGAACCAAAGUUAAAGUUGUUGGAGAAGUGCGGUUCUCUCUCUGUCUCUGAAUAUCUGUGAGUGAGUGAAACAAUAAAAACAGAACAAAGCGAUGUCGUUAAAGACACUAGUAACUUCUCCGAUUUCCGGUUUUGCCCUUUUCGUCCUUUUCCUUGCUCUUCUUCUCCGAUUCUCCAUCACUUCACAGAGAUUGUUCACUACUGAAGAGCUUGCAUUGUUCAAUGGAACUGAUCCAGGGUUGCCAAUCCUUAUAGGAAUUCUUGGGUCUGUGUUUGAUGUAACUAAGGGAAAAUCACAUUAUGGUCCAGGAGGAGGUUAUCAUCACUUUGCUGGAAGGGAUGCUUCUCGCGCUUUCUUCUCUGGAAAUUUCACUGGAGAUGGACUCACUGACUCAUUGCGCGGUCUGUCUAGCACUGAGGUCAAGAGUGUAGUUGACUGGAGGGAUUUCUACUUAAGAUCUUACAAGCCUGUUGGCAAGUUAGUUGGUCGAUACUACGAUAGCCGAGGGAAUCCUACAAAAUAUUUGAAAGGGGUCGAAGCUAAGGCGGCAAGAGGUGCUCAGCUUCUAGAAAAGCAGAAGAUUGAAGAGGCUAAACAACCUCAAUGCAGUUCAAAAUGGAGCCAAGAUGAGGGCGGUGAGGUAUGGUGUGAUGUUGGCUACCCUAGGUUGGUCAAGAGACCAAUAGAAAUUGCUUUGACCGGGAAGAUGAGUAAGCGUUGUGCUUGCUUUGAAGAGUCUCAGUUAGGGCAACCUGGGUUAGAGGUAUACGAAGGCUGUGACUACAAUGCUAACAGGUGCAAAGUAUAACCAGGAUUCUAAUACAAAUAGGAAUUUUGUUUUUGAGGUAUAUAUGUAUUUUGAAUAUAUGUAUAUUAAGGCUUAUUUUAAUGAAGCUAGUAAUUGAGGUGUUUGUUUAUUA